AUGCCCCGCCAACUCCCAUGGAAAGUCGAGCCUCGCGCGACGACGGGACUAGGGCCUAAGAAAACACCGUCUCGGUCUCAGAGUGUGGCGAGCCGCUCACCAUCGACUUCACCGGCCCCCGAACCACUAGAAGAAGAGUACGUUCCCUCCUUCCCCCUCUCCCUACCAUACCCACAUCCCAUCCUGGCCCCAAAAAAUGAACUAACAAAAAACAGACUCAUGCACCCUGGCCUAUCCCACGACGACCGCUACCGCAUGGUCGAAGACGAAUUCCUCUUCAUCGCCGGCAUCUUCACCCGCCACCUGCACGCCGCCGAGUACCAGCGUCUCAAAACCCUCGCCGCGGCCUGCUCUCAACAACAACAACAACAACAAGCCGACCCCAACACCCUCCCCCUCGACCCGGGAACCGGCAUCCCACGCCCCAUCACGGGGGAGAUGACGGAGCUAGUAAAAAGGCGGAAUGCGGCGUUGGAUACGGCUGCUAGAGCUAGACAGCAAGAGGGGAUUGCGAGGAGUUUGAGGAAUCAUGGUCGUAGUAACGAUGGGGAGGAGAGGGCUGGGUUGACGCGGGGGGAGUCGUCGUUGCAGGGGCUGAUGGAGAGUCCGAGGAGGCAGAAAGUGCCGUUGACGGCUUUGGUGGGGGGGUCAAGGCCGGGGUCAUCACGGGCAGGGUCACGGCCUGGGACGGGGUCGGGGUAUCGUGGGACAGUAAACGAAAGUCCGCCGAGGAGGCGGCCGGGGAGUGGGUAUGCUGGGCGGGGGGUGAAGAGGGAGGUGGAAAGGGAGAGGGAGAGGGAGCGUGUGACGGAGUCUGAGGAGGAUGAGGAUGAUGGUGAUCUUGAUGGUCAGCCGGUGUGGCCGAGGAAGCCGGAUUCGAGACAGGCGCCGAUACGCCGCACGACUGAUCCGGCUACGGCGAAACGGCGGGAGGAGGAACGGGAAAAUCCGUUAAAGAGAGUUAAGACGGCUCCGCUUCCUACUUUGGCUCGGGAAUCGCCUGUCAAGACACAGGCGGCCGUUCGCAAGGGCGGAGAUCAUGAAAACGAGGAUCAUAAAGACGAGGACGAAGACAAAGACGAGGACUUUUUUACGAGAUUGCGAGCGCGACGGGCCGAGCAGAAACGACGGCGCGAGGUUAAAGCAACGAUGGACAAAGACAACAUCAAAACCGAAAACGCCCAGGCCGCAUCCCUCAACUCGAUCCCGUUCAUGUGA